CUGCACGUUAGAGUUUAGUCUGACGCAUUCGGGCCCACUCCUCAGAGAGCCAGUCACAGACGGCCAAGUAAGCGGUCCUCUCGUCUCAUCCGUGUCCCCCGGCACACGCCCAUACCGCAUCCGCGAUCUCAGAUCCGACGUCUACGAACCCGUCGCCCUUCCUCACUCGCCAUCUCGGGUUUCUUCCCCCACCUCUUCUGAAUCCUCCUGCUUCCUCUUCCAAGAUCGCCAAGAAAUAUGAGCAAUCUUGAGCAAUUUGUUUUUUGUUUCCGUGAUUCUUGUCGCGCCUGUUCGUUCUCCGUUGGUAGCACCUGUGAAUCGAAGGCGUUGGGAGAGCCCGCUCCAUGUCACGGUUCUCCCACGACGAAGGUGCUUCUUGGAUUCAUUUCGGUUCUGUUCCUUCGAGUUGAUCCAAGCAUUACGAUUUCUUCGCGUUUCCUUUGGUUUUCCUGACAAAAGAAUGAGCGGCUUUCGACUUGCUUCCCAUGUUUCGUGGUGCGAGGACAACGAGAUGAACAAGAGUCUUCACCCGCUGUUUUUAUUUUUUCUUCGACGAGGAUGAGCUCCGCGAGAUGGAAGAGAAGAACGAGUCCGAUCCAAAAGAGUGCGAGGACGCAACUCAUUUCCAAGGACGGUCACUCUGUUCUCGCACUCGAAUUCGACCCGACGGAGUAAAAGAGACAAUUCGUUUCCUUUCGAUCGAAUUCGCAGAAGAAAUCAAAGUAGAAUAUGUUCUUAUAAUGGAGAUAUCGAAAUGAGUACCGGUCGCAGGACAUGUAUCGAACACCUUGUUGACGCGUAAUAUCACAAAAACAAGAAUCGAUCAUUAGCCCUUCUGAUCACGCGAAACGACGACAGUGAUUGCAGCCGAGAGGUGUUGUGCGCAUAUCGUAAUUCCACAAGGAAUAAUUAAUUCCGAAACCCAGAGGAAAUCCGUAUCCGCCUCGGACUCGGGUUUCACUUCCAUAUAUACUCCUCGCUCUGUCCUCCUCGUCGAGUGUGUCUUCUCGCCUUCUCACUGUCUUCUCGGCCAUGGCCUUUGGCAAUGAUGGCUUUCUGGACGAGGAUGGUGAGACAUUGAUGGUUUCGAACAUGCCGUCCUGUCGGGAGCGCUCCCUGAAGCCGGCCGAUCGCGUCGACGACGACGGCAACGUUGACGGGAGGUCCUGGCGGUGGGGCCGCUCACUGACGCCGGUGAUGGAUUCUGCCAACGAGUGCAAGGGCGGCAAGCCGAGGAAGAGGCUUAUAAUGAAGACCGCGAACGAGGGCCCACCGCAUUACAGUGGCGGCCCCAUGGCGGCGUUCGGCGACGAAGGACUGGAUAAGUCGGGGAACGUAGAGCUGUCGUUGAAGAAGAAGAGGAAGGGAACGCCGUCCACCAAGCAGGGAAAAGUGGGGAGUGGGAAGGAGAGGCGGCUAUCAUCUUCCUCUAAGGGGAAUCGGCCUUUCGGAAGUGGAUCAAGGAACACUAUAGCCAGAGGCGAAUUAGAGGCAGAAGAGGGUGAAGAAGAUGAUGAAAUUCAGCAACUAUUUAAUGGGGGAGGGAAAAAGAAGAAAAAUGAGAAGUUCCAUGCUGAAAUAUCUUUGCUUGUUGAACACGUUAUGGCUGAAUUAGAGGUGGUGACUGAAGAAGAUGCUGAGCUGAACAGGCAGAACAAACCAGCCAUUAACAAACUCAGGAAGCUGCCAUUACUUGUUGAGGCCCUCUCUAAGAAAACACUUCAGCAAGAUUUCUUGGAUCAUGGAGUAUUAUAUCUUCUGAAAAAUUGGCUCGAACCCUUGCCUGAUGGAAGUUUUCCGAAUAUGAAUGUCCGAACUGCCAUACUAAAAGUACUUUCCGAUUUUCCUAUUGAUUUAGAGCAGUAUGACAGAAGAGAACAACUAAAAAGAAGUGGUAUCGGGAAGGUGAUAAUGUUCUUAUCAAAAUCAGAUGAGGAGACAACUUCCAAUAGAAAACUUGCUAAAGAAUUGGUUGAUAGAUGGAGUCGAUCAAUAUUUAACAAGAGUACUAGAUUUGAGGAUAUGAGGACUUCUGAUGAAGAGAGAGAGCCAUACAGACGACCAUCUCAGAAGCACCUUCAUAAAGCAAGGAGACUGGAAUCUCAAGAUAACUGGAUACGCUUGGAUCUGGAUGAACUUUCAAAUCUGCGAAGAACUGGACAGGCAGCAACCAGACAACAUGUUUCUGUCCCUGAAGCAUUGCCUCUAGAUUUUGUUGUGCGCCCUCGGUCUCUAGUUGAUCCUGAAGAAGUCAGAGCACAAGCGAAGCAAGUGAUGCAUGAUCAGCACCGGUUAAAGUGUUUCUCAUUAUUUCUGGGGUGGGAGGCGUCAGCAUGUAUGGCUAUUCAACGGGCAGUAUUCUCAGUUUCUGCACUUCAGUUUGAAGGAAAUAGAUCAAUAGAAAUUUUGUGAUAAACAAGAAGUUGUGGCAGUUGAAAACAUCAAAAAAGAGGCAGCUUCAGGCAUUGAAACCGAGUAGCGAGGGGCGUGGCAUUGUCAUGUAUUUAUAGUUAGUGAUCAUAUGCGCGCGCGACAAGUUCUAAGAGCAUUUGAGCUGGUGGUCGACUGAGUGUACAAAACAUAAACAUUUUUCUGAGUAGUACUUCUCUCAUCCACAAUGAUGUAACAUAUCUUUUGACAAAUAACUGAAAAUAAUUGAAGGUUGAAUGUUGGGAGAAUAGUUUCACCAAAUUCUUGUAUCCGAGUUUUUUUUUUUAAUUUUUUUUUAAUCCGAACGAUGAUAUCAGUGAUUGUUCGAGUCGGAACGUUCUCCAGUUAAGGAUCAUCAGAUUGGCAAGUGAGCAUAGUACUUUAUUGGAUAUUAUGGUAAGUUUUUUUUUUUUUUACAAAAGGCAAAUGCA